AUUCCAACCAACCAAAACCCGUAUUAGGCAGACUUUUCUAUUUGUUUAUUAAAUAAUACGAUUUAUUAAUGUAUAAUAAAUAAUAAGCUUACUCUUCUUUUGGUAUUAAUAAUAAUAUUAAUCUCCAGCUUAUCUUAGCCGUUGAUUUUGCAUACUUUGAAAAUUGAACUCUUUCCUCCACCGAAUCCCACACUCUCUCUCUCUCUCUCUCUCUCUCACUAAAUCAGUCACACAGACCUUUCUCUCUCUAUCUUUCUCUCCCCCACUGGCAGAAGCAAACCAUGCUUUCCCCAACUCCACUCUCUCUCAUUUGUGCUCUUCUUCUUUGCUUGCCCUUAGCUGUAGUUUUUACCAUAACUAGCCCCGCCGCUACCGGAACCACCGCCACCACCAUUCCCCGUGAUCUCUCUAAAACCCAACAAGAAUCUAUAUUCCCACCCCCUUUCUCAGGUGCCAAACGUCAUCAAAAGAUCGAUAUCAAAUCAAUCUCCAGCCCCCCACCACCGCAGACUCCGCCACCUCCGCCGCCCAAGGACGAUGAGUUGCUCUUCCGUCUCGCCUCCCGAGUUAACUCGAGACCCUUGCCUCGUAAGGCGCCGAAGAAGUUGGCUUUUCUGUUCCUCACUACCACUCCACUCCCAUUUGCCCCGCUUUGGGAGCUCUACUUCAACCAAACCCCCAAAAACCUCUUCAAUAUCUACAUCCACGCCGACCCAACCCAUCCAUACUACCCGCCGUUCUCUGGAGUGUUCGCUCGCCGCGUCAUUCAUUCUAAACCCUCCGAACGACUAACGCCGUCACUGACCUUGGCGGCGCGACGGUUGUUAGCUCACGCGCUGCUCGCCGAUCCGUCGAACGCCAUGUUCGCGCUGCUCUCACCCUCAUGCGUUCCCCUACACUCGUUCAACUUCACAUACAGGACCCUGACCCGGUCCAAGAAGAGCUUCAUCGAGAUUCUGGAGCACGAACCGUGGAGUUACGACAGGUGGGCGGCGCGUGGACCGGAGGCGAUGCUUCCAGAAGUGAGAUUGGAGGAUUUUCGGAUCGGGUCCCAGUUCUGGGUCUUGACACGUAAGCACGCGAGGCUAAUCGUCAGAGAUCGCAGGCUUUGGUCCAAAUUCAGCUUGCCGUGCGUGAGAUUAGACACGUGCUAUCCCGAAGAGAAUUACUUUCCUACCCUCCUUAGCAUGCGUGACCCCCGGGGGUGCGUACCUGCCACGCUCACGCACGUGGACUGGGAUGGCAGAACGGACGGCCACCCUCGCACGUACGAGGCCUCCGAAGUGGGCCCCGAGUUAAUCCAGACGCUUAGAAGUGACCUGCCCAGGUACGGAGACGCGGAAAUCAACGGCACAGAUUCUUCGCUAACCAAAAGGCGUGAUCAAAGACGCGACCCCUUUUUGUUCGCGAGAAAAUUCUCACCGGACGCCGUCGAGCCGUUGAUGAGUAUCGCCCGUGACGUCAUUUUCACCGUUUAGUAAAUAGUUGUGCAGAAAAUGGCAUUGUUGUAAAUUUGUUGUAACUUUACGGAUAGAUUUAUAAAAAGGGAAGCCGGGACAAUUCCGGUAUUUUUUCGUGUUCUCUCUUCUUUUUUUUUCUUUUUUUUUGGGGGGAGGGAUUUGGAGGGAGUAAAAGUAAAAUUGUACGUCUUACACACUGAGUCAACUCGCUAUGCUCUUAUCAGCAUUUGGGCCUCUUUUCGAGAUUUUUUUUUUUCUUCAAGUGGGGGAUGAGCUACGGUAAAGUGUAAAUGCUUGUUGGGCUAUGAGUCUCUAUAUGAGAAAACUCUAGAAAAAUGUAGACAUUUAACCAUUUUUCUAAAGAAUUUGCUUUAUGGGAUUUUGGCAAGUUUUUCUUGUAUUCCAAAUAAAAACUUCUU